AUGCGAAGCGUUGAAGCGAAAAAGUGUUGCCCCGAUUUGCAUAUCUUUACCGUUCCGGAGAGAAAUGGAAAGGCCGAUUUGACUCGCUACCGUGAGGCUAGCGGUGAGGUGUUUGACGCCAUCACCGACUGCAUUAACAAACUCGAAGGGGAACUGGGAAAACGUGGACUCAUCAUUCUCGAACGAGCCUCAAUUGAUGAGGCCUUCAUCGAGCUGUCGGAUUACAUCAGCGCCAAGCCUCUGGAGUUACCUAAGGACAGCAAUCUUCUGGAGUCUUUUAAUACCAAAGUGGUUUUUAAUGGACUCUCACUUGAAGAUUGGUUGCAGAGCAUUCAAAAAGAAGACGGUUCUAUUGAAGAUUCUCAGCUACGUCUCAUUAUCGGCACCCACUUGAUGGGCAACAUUCGCAAACAUAUCUUUGAAAAAACGCAAUUUCGAUGCUCUGCUGGAAUCAGUCACAAUAAAAUGCUAGCCAAACUUGCAUGCGGCGUCAACAAACCCAACGCUCAAACUAUUCUUCCACUUGAAUCAGUGUCGUCGUAUUUUCAGAAUAUCCCCAUUUCUCAGGUCAGAUCGCUCGGAGGUCAAUUUGGGGAAGGCAUUCAGAAUUCACUGAACAUACAAACCAUGGGUCAGCUACAGCAAGUUGACAAAGACACUCUUAUGAAGCAUUUUGAUCCGGAAACGGCUGAAUGGCUGCACUGUUACUCACAAGGAUACGACUACUCAAAAGUGACCAAACGCAGUCUUGCCUCAAGUAUUGGAUGCUCGAAAAAUUUUCCAGGUCAUUUGGUAUUGGCUACCAUGGAGGACAUUGAACACUGGGUAAAAGUUCUCUGCGAGGAAGCUUAUGAUCGAAUUGAAAGCGACCGAGAGUUGAACAAGCGUGUGGCACAGCAACUGGUUGUGGGCCACAAUUCUUCAAGUGGACAGCACACAAAGGCACUCAACAUUACUCUUGAUGGCGAAAAGUAUCCUCUGCCUGAACAAUUGACAAAAAUGAUCAUAAAAGCAGUCUUUGAAGGUUAUGAUGCAAAAGCUAAUCCCCUUUCGAAUCUCUCCAUCAAUGUAACCAAGUUUGAAGCUCAAAAAUUGGUUGAAACUUUUCCCACCAUUCGCAACUAUUUUUCCAAAGUCGAUCGCAGUGUAUCAAAAGUUUCAGAUACAGCUUCAUCAGUAGAACCUACUGCGACUAGUGAUACCAAAGAUGAAACGGUCAUUGAAAAUGCUGUCGAAACCAACGAAGAUCAAGAGGAUAAAAAGGAAGUUGACGAAAAUGAAAAAGAUAGCGAAGAGAUUGAUAAAGCGAAAGAUCCAAAAGCUAAUGAAAACGUUGAAAAAGAGAAAGAAUAUUGCAGCUGUGAUUGUAAAAAGUCCGAAACUGAUACUAGCAGUGAAAAAGAGAGCCAAGACGGAACGAAUUCAGUUGCAAAUGAAGAACAGACCAAAACUGCUGAAAAACCCAGUGAAGCUGGUGAAGGUUUGAGUACAUACGAAGACUUGCCACCAGAGAGAAUGAAACAACUCAAAAACUCUUUCUUUUAUCAGAAAGCUUUAGAGCUCUAUGAUAACCAAAAUGAUUCUGACAGCGAUCUUGUUGACUACCCUGAUGAUUGGGAAGAAGACGAAGAAUUACUGGAGAAUGAAAGGAAAUCUUCUAAUGUUGCUGAUGACAUUUCUGAUGAUAUAGAANAAAACUGCUGA